AUUGACAAGAAACCGGUAAAAGCCAGGUCGUCGAACAGAGCUGAAGCCCGCCCGACUAAUAUCAGUGGAGACCGGUCAGUGCUGGACGACAAUGCGGGCAGCACUGGCUGUCAUCAGCGCUGCACGCCAGGUCCCCGGCGCCCCGCCGUUCCCUGGUCGAAAGGAAACCCGCUGGAGCUUCCCGCAGUCAGUUCAAAGCUCCAAGCUCCGACUCCCAAGUUCCUUAGCUACCCCCGUCCCCGAAACGUCCUCUAUUCGCUUUUGACGGUCGCGGGAUUUCCAUCCCAUCAAGUCAACUCCUUGGCCCCACCAAUAAACGAAAGAGAGAAGGAAAGAGAGAAGGAAAGAGAAUGGCUUCCACCAAGAGCAUAUGCGCCAACGCCCUCCGCGCGAGCAUUCAGCUCGCCCGCGCCCCGACAGCGGCGGCCACGACCAGACGGUACUUUGCUGCCGCGGCGGCGUCGACUGUCUCGGCCCGCGUCGUUCCGGGAAAGGCAAUUACGACUCCUCUGCGAUUGAGGGCUGCUCAUGCUGCUGCAGUGACGACGAACCAGAAUGCGACGGCACGCUACUUCUCCUCGGAGAAGGAGAGGGUGGAGGACGACUACCACCAGAUCUCGGCGAACGGGAGCAAGAUCUGGGACUUUGAGCAGAUGGCGGAGCUGGCCAAGGAUCCCGGCAACGUCGUCAUUGUCGAUGCCCGCGAACCGCACGAACUAGUAGAAACAGGCCGCAUCCCCACGGCACUCAACAUCCCCGUCGCCACGGCGCCCGAGAGCUUCCUCAUCGCCGACGAGGACUUUGAGGACCGGUACGGGUACCCUCGCCCGAGCAAGGACACGGAGCUGGUGUUCUAUUGUAAGGCCGGCGUGCGGAGCCGGGCGCUGGCGACGCUGGCGAGGGAUGCUGGGUGGUCCAAGGUCGGGGAGUACCCCGGUAGCUGGCUGGACUGGGCGAAGAAGGGGGGAGAGGUUGAGAAGGGUGGAAAGCAAAUUGGGCAGGAUUGAUUAGCGUCGGGUUUCUUGUCACGGGGUUGAGGGAAUGUAUGAAUAAAGUCCUGAGGCGAGUGUCAUACGACACGGCGCGGCACACGGGAUGGCAAGAUAGA